AUGGAGGCAGCUAUCAGAGUUGUGAGAUAUGUCAAACAAGAGCCUGGUCUUGGUAUUUUCCUGUCUACGGCUGGUUCUGAUAAGUUGACAGCAUAUUGUGAUGCUGAUUGGGUCUCUUGUCCCAACACAAGGAGGUUUGUCACUGGUUAUAGUGUGAAGUUUGGUGACUCCCUGAUUUCAUGGAACUCCAAGAAACAGACAACUAUUUCUCAUAGCUCUGCUGAAGCAGACAAGUCUACCAUUCAAAUAGCUGCUAAUCUUGGUUUCCAUGAGUGUACUAAACAUAUCGACAUUAAUUAUCACUUUAUUCGGGAGAAGGUGCAGCAAGGUUUGGUGUCUACUCUUUACCUUUCCUCUGCUGAGCAACAAGCUGAUAUGCUUACUAAAGGUCUCACUAAGGCGCAACAUUCUUACUUGGUGUCCAAUCUAGGAAUGAAAUCUUCAUUUCUCCUAGCUUGA